GGUGAGUGAGUGAAUGGUGAGUGAGUGGUGAGCGAGUGGUGAGUGAAUGGUGGGUGAGUGAAUGGUGAGUGUGUUGCCGGGACAUGCUGCGCGGAGCUGUUGGUGACUGGACCAACGUUGACAUCUCCACACGCAGCGCGUGGGCUGCCGGUCUGGCCAAGCGUUUGGGAUGGGGUUUGGGCUGCUGCUGCUGCUGCUGCAAGGCUCAGGGCUGCGCAGGACCCUCCGGGGCUGCCUCUGCUGCUGCUGGCUUCUGCUGGCGUUGCUGGUGCCGUGCGCGAGCGGGGGCGACUGCCGGGGGAAGCGACUCGUUCUUAACGGCACUCACGGGGAGGUCACGGACGGACCGGGCAACUACUCUGCCAACGGCAACUGCGAGUGGCUCAUCACAGCUCCGAGCCAAGGUGAUCACAUUGUCCUCAAGCUGAGGGCGAUCGAGACGGAGUGCUCCUAUGACUUCCUCUUUAUCUACGACGGCGACUCGUACAGCAGCCCUCUCAUCGCGAGUCUGAGCGGAAACACUCUCCCAGACGCGAUAGUGGCUCGAUCGGGAAAGAUGCUGAUCCACCUCUUCAGCGACACGAAUUACAACCUGGAGGGAUUCCUGGGCACGUACUCCAUCUCACGGUGCCCGGCCAACUGCUCCGGGCACGGCGACUGCACGGGCAGCGGCAGCUGCGCCUGCUCGCCAGAGUGGGUCGGCGAGUCCUGCCAAAGCCUACGCUGCGACGUUGCCACGUCCGGCAGUGGCACGUGCUCUGGCCAGGGGACCUGCUUGUCGAACGGACAAUGUCAGUGCUCCUCCAGCCUGCACGUUGGCGUGAACUGCAGCCUGGCUCUGCGCAACAACUCGGACGGGAACAAGUGGCACCUCAUCGCGCACACGCAGGCAGCGUUCACGCCGCGCUUGGGAGCUGCGGGGGUGUUCAGCCACGCCACCGGCUGCCUCUAUGUGUUUGGAGGUUUCACACUCAGCACGGUGCUUAAUGAUCUCGUAAAAUAUAACAUCACCAGCGGCAAGUGGGAAAAUGCCACGCCCCCUGUUUCACCGGAGGGGCGAUACCUGCACACAGCGGUGGAGUGGCAGGACGGCAUGCUCGUGUUUGGAGGGGAGCUCGCCCGAGGCCGUCUGGCCAACAGCCUGUGGUUUUACAGCCCCGGCGCGGCGAACUGGACACGGCUCUCGGACGAGGUGGCGCCCCUGCCGUCGCCGCCGCCGGGCCUUGCAGGGCACGCGGCCGCCUUGGUUGAUGACACACUGUACAUUUUUGGAGGGAGGACCGAGCAAGAGGAAUUCUCCUCGGCCAUUUACGCAUUUAACUUGACGAGCAAGGCGUGGAGGAAGGAGGUCCCGCUGGCGGGGCUGGCCCCGGCAGCGCUGGGCCACUCCAUGGUGUUCUACCCCGAGGGCCGGAUGCUGCUCGUGUUUGGAGGCCACCAGCCGUCCAGCACCAGGUUUAGCAAUCGCGUGAACUCGGUGCACGCUUACCAUGUGGACCGGCGGUACUGGGCUCACCUGGGCCGUGACGGGAGCCCCAGCGUGCCGAUCGAGCGCGCCUUCCAUAGCGCCGUCAUCAUGGGCACCUACAUGGUUGUUUACGGUGGAAAUGUUCACAUUCACAAUGGAGAAGAAAAAUGCUAUGCCAACGACGUCUAUUUUUACCACCUUGGCUGCCAUCAAUGGGUGAACAAAGAUGACCUCAUUCAGAGCAUCCCUGUUGUCGCCGAUGACCACGUGCCGCUGCAGGGCCGCUUCUCGCACGUGGCGGCCGUGAUGAACGGGAACGUGCUGCUGGUGGCGGGCGGCUACAGCGGCGUGCCGCGCGGUGACCUCAUCGCGUACAAAGUGCCCAUGGCUGUCGCGCAGAACACUUUCGCCUCCAAAACGCUGCUGUCCCCGUGCUCGUUGAACACCGCGCUGGAAGCGUGCACCAAGGACCCCGAGUGCGCCUGGUGCUCCACCAAGAGCAGCAAUCAGGCCUGCAUGUCCCACCAAGAAGCCCUCCUGCUAUGCAGGGAGGAGAGCACGGUGUCGCUCUGCCUCGGCGUCCACCGCUGGCUCACCGGCUGCCAGGCCUGCCUCGCGUUCGCCGCGGGCGGGAAGCGCCUGCCCGGCAGCGUCCCCCUGUCCCGGCUCGCCGAGCCCCUGGGUUGGUGCGUGCAGCACCCCGCGUGCCUGCGCCGCCAAGAUAACGGCAGCUGCAGCGGCGGCGGCGGCGGUGGCGGCGGCGGCUGGUGGGGCACCAACCCCUCGUUUCUCACCGCCUUCGAGGAUUGCCGCUCGCGCGACUUCCCGCCCGGCGUUCACUGGAUUAAGCAUUUCCAGCCGCAGAAUGACAAAUAUCCCGACGAGGUGUACGUGAUCCAGAACGUGAGCACGGUGCUUCCGGCGCUGCUGUUGGUGCGUGGCCGGGACGGCCGAGAGAACGCCAACGUGACGGCCGUCUACCGCGGCUUCCUCCACACUCUCGGAUUCUUGCUUCAGCUCUCCGUGGAGGUGAUGAACAUCAACGCCCGGUUCCUGCUGGGCUCAACUCCAAACUCCAGUUCCCUCGCCAACCUGACUUUGGAGGCGAAAAUAUCGUUGUCGCCAAACCUGGAGAAGGACGACGUAACGCUUCCAAACUCCGCUCGGAGCAGCCGAUACCUGUUCGUGAUGGAAGGCCAGCAGGACAGCUCCUCCAACCUGGAGAGCAGAAUGGGUCUCACGUGGAACACGGACAACAUUGACAGUAGGCCAAUCAAGAGUCUGCACUUGGAACCGUACAAAUCGGGCGACUGCGACCAGCACUCAAACUGCCCGGCGUGCCUCUCCGAUCAGCUGUGCGGCUGGUGCCCCGUCAAGGCGUCCUGUCAGCACCGGCUGGGCCCGGCGGGAGCCGCGUGCGCUGCCGAGGGCGGCGUGGAGGUGGCUCCGAUGCUCAUGCCCGAGGAGUGCUCGCUGUGCUACGUCCGCACGGACUGCCGCUCCUGCACGCAGGAUGGCCUGUGUGAGUGGCUGAGCAAGGACCUGGUGUGCAUACGGAGGGGGAGGAUUCAAGGUGCAGUACAAGACCCCAAGAGCUGCCUCAAACCCUGCUAUGAAAUGCGCUCGUGCUCGGAGUGCCUGUCCGAGUACAGCGAGUGCGCCUGGUGCGCCUCCACCUCCGAGUGCUUCCCCUUUUCCAUCUACCUCGCCAAGUACCCCAACGGGCAGUGCCGCAACUGGCUGGACAGCGUGACGUCAUUACGCCUGUGCCCCAACUGCUCGAGCUUCGACAAGUGCAACGACUGCCUGCAGAGCUUCCAGUGCGGAUGGUGCUGGAGCGUGGCCAACCCCACCAAGGGCCGGUGCCUCCUGGGAGACUUCGAGGGCCCGUCCUUCGGAGGUAACUGCUCGCUGGAGGUGCGAGCGGCGCACGCGGACGUUGGCACGGACCAAGAGGUGGCCUGGUCGUACGGCGCCUGCCCCGAUGUGGAGGAGUGUACCCUGCGCCUGGACAACUGCCACGCCAAUGCCUCGUGCGUCAACACCCCCGACUCGUUCACCUGCCAGUGCCAGCGUGGCUUCCAGGGCGACGGCGUCGUGCACUGCAACAAGACGUGCUACAACCACUGCCAGCACGGGAAGUGCAGCGGGCCCCCGGACUUCGUGUGCCAGUGCGACCUGGGCUGGACGUCCACGUCCCUGCAGACCAACGCGUCCGGCGAGGAGUGCGACGUCAACUGCGGCUGCAACCUCCACAGCGCGUGCUCCGCGGGGGUCGGCCGCUGCGACGAGUGCCAGGAGUGGACGACGGGCGACCGCUGCCAGCUGUGCCGCACGGGCAGCUACGGGAGCGCCGUGCAGAGGGCCACGGGGUGCCACCCGUGCCAAUGCAAUGGGCACGGGGACUCCGCGCGCGGCGAGUGCGACGUGACCUCGGGCGCCUGCUACUGCGCGGGCGACACGGAGGGGGAACGCUGCGACCGGUGCCGCCCGGGCUUCUACGGCGAUCCUAGGGCCGGCGGGAGGUGCUACCUGGCAUGCGACGGUCGCUCCUUCCUCUACGACGUGGGGGGCUCGUCGGCACUGGGCUCCGCGUGGGGCGCCGGCGUGGCGCCCGGCGGCCAUGCCUACUGCGUGUGGGUACUGCACGCAGCGUCGUCGACGGCGGCGGUGAGCUCGCCCUCGCCGCACCCCGCCAGUCGCGACGUCCAGCCCCGACUGCCGCCGCCCAUCGUCUUCCGCCCGGAGCCGAACAUGAGCCUGCAGUGCGGGAGGGACUAUGUCUACGUUUAUGACGGCGUCCCCAAUUUCCUGAGCAGUGGCGCGACGCAGCAGGCCGUGUGGGCCGACCCCAGCCUGAUCGCUGCCCUAUGUGGAGGGGGAAGCGGGCAAGCGCUCUCCGUGGAGGCACUUUCAGGCAUCCUGACGGUGUACGUGCAGGGAAACUUCUCGGGCCCGUCCGGCGGCACGAUGGGCUUCAACGCCACGUUCACCGUGGCCGCGUGCGACGGCGACGCGGGAGCCGGCGGGGAAAGCGGCCGGUGCUCGGCGGGGAGGGUGUGCCAGGAUGGACGCUGCGUGUGCCCGGCCGGGUACGGCGGCCCCGACUGCAGCGCCCAGAGCUGCCCCGGCUCGUGUGGCCAGGAGCUCGGCCGCGGCUGGUGCCACCCGGUCAGCAGGACAUGUGUUUGCAGCGCCAACUAUUCUGGGCCAGACUGCAACUCUACCAGGGACCCCGACUGGGGACUGUGGGAGCUACUCAUGGACUCGUUCAUUGAAGGGGUAAACGGACACGUGGUUAAACGCUUUGGCCACUCGCUCGUGGCCGGGCCCAGCAAGACGUUGUUGCUGUUUGGAGGCUACUCCCCGUCGCUCGGGAUAAUCGGAGACCUGCACAGGUACAACGCUUCGGAGCUCGCGGCCGGAUCGUGGGAGGAAGUGCAACCGUCGUCGAUGGUGGCAGCGGCCGGCGGCAGCGCCAGCUCGAGUCCCAGCGGCCGGUACUUCCACGCGGCCGCUUGGUUUGGCGCCCGAGGCCUCAUGAUCGUGGUCGGUGGGAUCACUUCAGCUGGCGUCGCCAACGACACCUGGGCAUUCAACGCGUCCGCUCUCACCUGGCAAAGAAUUGAGUCGGGGACGCUGCCCCCGGUGGCUGGCCACACGCUGUCGGAACGAGAGGGCGACUCUCUGCUGCUGGUCGGCGGAUACUCGCAGGAGAACGGCUUCAACAGCCACGUGUACGAGUACAGCGCGGCACGGGCGGCGUGGCUGCCCCUCGCCACGGGGGGCUCCCCCCCAACCGGACUAUAUGGCCACACCAGCGUGUACCACAGCGCCACCCAGGCCUUGUUUGUGUUCGGCGGUUACCGCUACGCCCUCAACUCCGUGGGCGUCUCCGACGAGCUGCACGCCUUCCACUACCCCUCCUCCAACUGGAGCCUCGUCAGCCCAGCGAGGAACGCCAAGCCCGCUCCGCGAUAUUUCCACGCUGCCGCCCUCCUCGGUGAUGCCAUGGUGGUGUUGGGGGGACGCGCUGAUGCCCAGAACUUCUCCCGCGCCCUGCUUCUCUAUCGCAUCGACUGCAAUACGUGGAUCAACGCGGAGGACAUCGACGGGAGGAUGGCAGGUGAGCCGAUGGAGAGGAUGACGGCCUCGGCGGCCGUGGAGGUCGGGGGUCGCGUGCUCGUGGUCGGGGGCGUGGACGGCGUGGCCCGGGGUCAGAUGGGAGCCCUCUCUCUACCGCGCGACCCCUGCGUGCUGCUCGCCGACCCGGGCCCCUGCGGCGCGGCCGGCUGUGCCUGGUGCCUCGACGGGCGCCACGCCUCCUGCCGCUCGCGAGAGGAAGCCGAGAGGCACGGCUGCGCGACGGUGAACGUGACGUGUCGCGUGGCAGCAGCGUCCGACUCGGAGUGCCGCCUGCGGACGUCGUGCCCCGAGUGCCAGUCACGCCACCCGGCCGAGCUCAGCCUCCAACCUGUGUGCAAGUGGUGCGCGCCGUGCCCAGCGACCGCGGCGUGCGUGUGGCACGAGAGCGACUGUGGCGACGCCACCGCCUGCGGCGAGAGGCAGCAGCGGAGCGACGCGAUCCAGGCGGGCGCGUGCCCCGAGGCCACGUGCGAGGCCUCCGACUGCGCCAAGUGCCUGGCCGCCGGCAGCUGCAUGUGGUCGCGGCACUUCCAGAGGACGGCAGGGGAAUCGUGGCGCAUUAACGUGCAGCCGGCGUACAACUGGCGGUGCCUGAGCGAGUCGCUGCGCAGCGCGUCGCCCCUGCGCGUCGAGUCCUCCCCGCCGCUCGCCUGCCCCGUGCCGUGCCACGGCCUGACCACGUGCGAGGACUGCACGAAGGCCAAGGGCGCCAGUGGCGGGUGGCAGGAGUGUGUGUGGAGCGGGGCCCUGCGGCAGUGCGUGAGCCCGAGCUUCCUGCCGAUGCGCUGCGCGGGCGGCGCCUGCGGCCAGCUGGUGUCGGGCUCCGCCGACGGCUGCCCCGCGCCGUGUCUGGCGGAGCGGCAGUGCUCAUUAUGCCUGCGCCAGCUGGCGUGCGGUUGGUGCGCCGUGAAUGGCCUCAAUGGCCUGGGCGGCUGCAUGCCGGGCAGCCUGGCGGGGCCCAGCCCUGGGCGCUGCUCCGUUGAGUUCAUCCCGCUCUACGUGCUCGCCCAGAUCCCCGUGAGCAACUCCACAAGCACGCAGCCCUUUGGGAGAUGGGCCUACGAGGCUUGCCCCGCUGAGAACGAGUGCCUCAACGGCCACAACAGCUGCAACGCGAGCGAGGAUUGCGUCGACCUGCCGCACGGAUUCGAGUGCAAUUGCAAGCUGGGCUACGUGCGCGAUAGCACGGGCGGGCCGUGCAGGCCCGAGUGCACGCAGGGCUGCGUCAACGGCGCUUGCACGGAGCCCAACAGCUGCCGCUGCCUCUUCGGCUUCGUGGGGGAGAACUGCUCCCUCCCGUGCCCGUGCAACGGCCACAGCGACUGCCAGCGAGUGGGAGCUCACACCGCCUGCACCCAGUGCCUCAACAACACCGCGGGCGACACCUGCAACAAGUGCCAGCCGCUGCAUGUGGGCUCGGCGCUGGGCGGCGGCCGGUGCGAGCCGUGUGCCUCCUUCUGCAACCAGAACUCGGACGUGUGCAUGAGCCACGAGGACCUGGAGCGCGCGCGGCGCGACCCGCAGAGCUACCCGCUCGCCCCCGACAAGGUCAUCCAGUGGAUCCAACAGGGGGCGACCAAGGACAACCUUGUGUGCGUGAACUGCAAAAACAACGCCUAUGGCACCUUCUGCGAGAGCUGCGUCAAAGGGUACUUCCUCCUCAACAAAACGUGCACCAAGUGUCAGUGCAACGGUCACUGGGAUUCGUGCAACACGGCCGACGGCACGGAGUGUGUCUGCAACAACAACACGGAAACCAAAUGCCCCAGCACCCAAGCCGAUCGCAAGGACUGCUGGAAAUUCCAGUGCGCCGGGUGCAAGGAGAUGUUCCUGGGGAACGCCACGGACGGGCGGCAGUGCUACCGCAAGGUGACGGUGGAGCAGGACCAGUGCUUCGACCCGAGCUCGCAGAGCAACUGCUACAACGACCAGGUGCAAAACCUGCCUGCCGGACGCACCGUCUUCUUCGCCGUCCAGCCAAAGUUCACCAACGUGGACAUCCGCCUCACGGUGGACGUCACGUUCGGCACCGUCGACAUCUACGUCUCCAACUCCUUCUCCACCUUCUCGGUGGAGGUGAACGGCACGACCGGGCGGCACGUCGUGACCGUGCGCGACCCGCAGGCGACCGCGGUCGUCGGCAGCAGGGCGGAUCACGACACGGUGAGGAGGAGGAGGGACGCCGGGAGCAGCAACUCGAGCGACAGCUCGGGCAACGCGAGCGUCGGCACCACCGGCGCGAUGAUGACGCAGCGACAGCCGUCGUCGCUCACCGACAUUGGGCCCGCGAAGAGGCUGCAGCGUGAGACGGCGCAGGGGCUCAUCACCUUCAUCACGGUGAAGCAUCCGGACCCGAUCCUGCUGGUGCAAGGCAUCCGCGACCGCCUCGUCAUCACGUUCCCCUACACGGUGCACGCGCUGCGCACCAACGGCUUCUUCGUGGUGGUGCUGGGCGUGGGGGCGGGCGGAGGGGACGGCGAUGUCAACAACGGCGAGUCGCAGGGCGUUCUGUUUUUCCGGCAGGACCAGGCGCACAUCGACCUCUUCGUGUUCUUCAGCGUCUUCUUCUCCUGCUUCUUCCUCUUCCUCUCUGUCUGCGUGCUGCUCUGGAAGACGAAGCAGUACCGCGACCUGCGCCACGAGCGGCGCCGUCAGAUCCUCGAGAUGAACAAGAUGGCGAGCCGGCCCUUCGCCCGCGUCACGGUGCACCUGCUUCUCCAGCACGCCGGGGGCUGCCGCGCCGCCUCCGCUAACGGCGCCGCCGCCGCCGCGCCGGCCGCCGCGGCGACGCCGGAACCGUCGCUGCUCGGCCGGUCGAGGCCGCACGGGCGCCUGGCGCGGUUCUACGCCCGUGCGCAGCACUCGGACUCGAAGAGGGGCACGGCCAUCGGAUCGUCCGCCGCCGCCAAGGGGGCGAUGCUUCCGCCGUUCGACGGCAGCAACGGUAACGUCGGCAGGCCGCCGCACCACACGACGAACUUCGGCGGCGACUUCGGGGGCUCGCGUCGGGGCGACGCGACCAUGCUGCUGCUGCGGCCCGGUCCCGUGUCGCUGGAGCCUACGGACGACGGCAUGGCGGCCGUGGCCACCGUAAUGCUCCAGCUGCCCGGCGGCUCGCAGGCCCCGAACAGGGCCUGCCUGGGUUCGGCGCUCGUGGCGCUGCGCUACAACCUGCAGGACUACUGCGGCGGCGCCAGUGGCACGGCAAACUCGCGCAAGGGGGGCGGGGCCCAGCAUUCGGAAAACACUCCCAGCGUAACCCUGCAGUGAGCGAGCGAGGGAGGGUGCUGUAAAUACCUUCACGGCUUCUACCGCUUAUCGUGUCGAAUUUUUUUUGUUUUCUCCCUGGAAUAUUCAUAAAAGCAAAGCGAACAAUGAGCCCCGUUGCCGACGCGAGCCGGUUGGCUGGGCCGCUCGGCGUGCGCGUACCAGAAGCGAUCGCGACCACAUGCACGGCACGGUCUGCGCCGCAACAAUCGCCAGCGUCUGCCUCAAGAGACGCCGCUACUCUCCAGCCCCUCAUGCAAAGCGAUUGAGAGGCAUUGCGGCCCAACGCCAUGGCAUCUGCUAUUAAGCACAACCUGUGCAAAUCGCUGAAGUGUAUUUCUUGAGUAUAUGCACAUUACUACAACAAAGCUUGGUUAGGCAUCUCUGCAGCGAGGUUUAAAUUGGUUGGGCCCGUCAGGCAUUCUCUUUAUUUUGUCACACAGCAACAUAUUACAUUUCUUGUAAAAAUUUCAUACGGUGUUUUUUUUGUUACUGCGUUACUGCUUGCGUGCGUGCAUCUGUGUAUGCCACCGGCCCAUCAAUAUUUGGAAAUUUACACCGUGCUGAAUUUUUGAAUGUGAUGAAGUCUCCUAAAAUAUGUAAAGUGUGUGCUCAUCUACUGGACAAAAUAUAAAACUUGUGGAUGUUAUUUUUGUUUUAAAUACUCUGGGUAACCACUGCUGACAUGAGCACUUUAUUUAACAAUAACUGUGCACUACUGUGCAUUUAACGUUUAAGUUAAAGAGUUUGAACACUGUACAAAACAUACAGGAUUGUGGGAUGUACAUUGUACUUGCACUUUUAUAUAUAUCUGAAUGUUACGUUUGAUUUCGAUCAAAGUAUUCGUAUUCCAUUUUGCGUUUGGAUUUAACUGAUUGUAUAUUCAGGACAAGCGAACAUUGGAUAUUUAACAUUCAUCCUUUUUUUUGUACAUUGCUGUUAUUCAGUGCCACCCGUUAACUUGUCAAAGAUUUCCACAAAGUGUUUUUUUUCGAUGCUCCCGUUGGAGUUGACGUUCAAUAAAGAGCUUCCAACGCUGCUA